AUGACCAGGGAUCAAAAGGCCUUAUUGGUGGAAAAUCUGCCAAUUCUUCGUUGGGCAGUUGGUCCUUCAGAACAGCUAUCCGCAAGGUGGAUAAACAGGCUGGCCAAGACGCUGGAGACGAAGAUCUUUCAUAUGGAGAAUACAGGACGGAGCGCUGUUUCCUCUGUCACAUAUGACACCCUUCUCUAUGCAACCCCGUGUCAACAUAAUAUGGCCUGGACAAGCAUCAGUUUCCGCAAAAAGUCAAUAUUUUUUUUGUCUCGAGUGGAGGGGGUGGAGAAGGUUACGUUCCGCUCCCAGAUCCAUCCAUUCUGCUUCCUUCUCAUAACGGAAGAAUCCUCUACAUUAUGCACCAUAUAUCCAGAUUCCCUGAUCAUUAUUCUUCCAGCAAUCAAUGAAGGCAGUCCAAAUAUCGAUAGCUACAUGAUUUGUGUCUGUGAAUAUCAUCUUGUUGCGAUUGAAGAAGUCCCCGAGAUGUCCGGUCAUGUAGACCUCCAACUCUUUACAGGAGGGGACCGGUUCACCACUGUGACGCCUGACGAUCAUGGCGGUAUACUUUGGGUUGCUUCAAUUAUCUGUGCUAUUUAUGUUGUCCUCAGCAUGGGACUACGAGCCUACGUCAAACGGGAAUUUUAUGGCCUUGAUGAUCUGAUAGCACUCUUUGCCACGCUGAUUGCUGAAGCACAAUAUAUAUCUAUCUUCUUUGGUUUGUCUGACGGGCUAGGGAAAAAUGAUGAGAGCUUUGGCAUGGUUCAUAUUCGAAGAAUCGGACGAUCUCUGGCCCUCAGCGAGGUCUUCUUUCUUCUUGGACUGCUACUUGCAAAAGUAUCACUUAUCUUAUUGAUACGCCGUUUAUUCAGCCCAGAUAUGAGGUCACAUAUCAUGACAUGUGAUGCGGUACUGCUAUUGAGCAUACUCUGGGGCGUUGGUUCGAUGCUGGGAGCAUUGAUCAAUUGUUCCCCUACCGGAAUGAUGGCUUUUAUUCACGGUGCUUGCAAGGGUAUAGUUCUAAGGUGGCAGAUUAUAGGUAUACUAGACGCAUUCACCGAAUUGGUUAUUUUUGGAGUGGCAAUAUCAGUCAUCUGGGGAAUUCAAAUGAGUGCUUCACGGAAAGCCCGUGUAUUGAUGGCUUUUAUGCCUAGGCUGCCAAAAUCCAAACCCAGCGUCAGCAUUGUAGCGCCCCUCGUCUACCAACAAAUUGAGCUUUGUUACUCUCUUGUAUCUUGUACCAUCCCCAAUCUCGGCGGAUAUCUACUCAAGUUUCACACCGGCAUGGGCAUAACGCUUGGAUACGUGUCAGAGCCAUACGGCUCAUCACGAGAUGCUGAAGGCUCCAAGAGCGUGCAGCUAUCAUCUUUGAAGAGCGUUCCAGAUGGCAACAAACAGACAGGCCCAACUCCAAGCGAAUCAAGUAAGUGUGGCUUUCUCCGACCUGAGAAGUAUGAAUAUCGAGCCUACGUUCGAAGCGCUGUUAACAGCCUAGAGAUUAACUCUGGCCAUGGUGAUAACGAUGGUCACUCGUUGAGUUCUCAGGGAAACCAGUCAGUGUUGAGCAUACACAGUCAUGAUAUGAUAAUACGACGGGAUUUGCGGUAUAGCGUUCGACAUGACUAG